UAUAUCUGCUUUAUUGAGGGGAAGCAGGCCAAGAAUAGGCCAAUUUUGACGUUUCCGGAUGUCCACGUAAUUUCCUAUUUUAUUAAGUAUCACCCAUCAAAACCUAUUAUUUACUCACGUUACGUUAUAAAGGAACUUUCAUGUAGCCAAGAAAAAUAUCAAAGAGAUCUACUGUCAAAGUGGAAAUCGUGAUUUAUAGUACAUGAAAAUCAGGUCAAGGCAAGUAUGUAAAAGCGUAUUCUUUUCAUGAGGCAAGAAGUAAUUUUCUCUCCACAAAUUCUGUUUGGCAAAAUUUUAACAUUUUAUGUCGCCAAACGCGGCAAUAAGCUUGUUUGACAUCAUUUAUUGUACUACGUCGGGAACUAGUAGGCGUAAGCACGUAUAUAUAGAUUGCGCGCUACAUGCCGUCACUUUUAAGUGCCACGCUGUGCGACAAAGAUGUCGGGACAGUUCCUAUCGGAAGUUUGGCUAAGGGAAGAAGGCAUCUUCCAAUGCAGAAAAGUUAGCUUUUGUGUUAAAUAAUCAUAUAGACCGAACCGCCAUACACAACUUAGUAGUCUCCAUGCCCUCCAGCCUUACAGCGACUUUAAAAGCCAAAGGACAAUUGACAUUGCAUUUGUUGCUGUUUUUCAACGUUUUGUUGUUGCAAGGCAUUUUUCUUCUCUGCUCACAGUUAUGUUGGGUGUUAAAUAUUUAACCUGUUAUAAAGUCGUUUUUUGAUUUUGUGGUCUUUCGCAAAACAAAUGAUUUCUUAGUUAAUAAAUAGUACUGGAUAGGCCAAGCUGUGCCUUAUUUUGAAGCUCGGUUGUAGAUUUGACGCAGUAUAACUUUCGUGGAUGCGGAGUUGGCGUUUCCUGCACCACAGCGAUUUGAGUUCGCAGUUCUUGACCUUUCACAAGAUAAGUCACAAACUGUACGUACGGCAGAAUUAGCUGCAGCGUCAGGAAAUUACAGUUUCCAGUGGAGGCAGACUUAGUUUCCCAUGAGCAAAAGUAUUUUAAGGCUACGCUGACACAUAGUCGGCUUGUUGCUACAGCUUGUGUCUGUCAAGUCGACGUUUGAAUGCCUUCAAAGACAGACAUUGCGGUCGCCUCGAGCAGCUUACUUUAUGGCUCCAACACAUGGUUUGUAAAAAAACACUUUCUUACAUCCAAACUACCUAGGUGUGCAUGUAUAUUGAAGAAAUGCUCCAGAAUGUUGGUUGUAAUGGCGACCUGGAAGAAGUCCUCACAGCUGGAGCACUGUCCAAACAACGUGCAAUACGAAAAGUACUAACAAAGUCUCCGUGCAAUCGCCUGUAGCAUAGAGGACAGAGAUUAGGGUUACCUAAAAGGGUCUCGUACGGCAGUAGUCCUUGAACUCUCACAAAUUUAGUGAUCCUUCUCUGCUCUUUUUCGAGGAGCUGAUAUGUCAGCUGCAUCCAUGAUCUAUAGAAUAACAUCGCAUAAUCGAGAUGUGCACCAAAGAAUUCGGGUGAGCGGUCUUCGUCGAUGCCUUUAGCCACUUUACAACAGCGUGUAGAAGGACUUAAAAUGGUCGUCUUCCAAACGCCGCGAUCAUUCUGCGUUCCGGCCUCUCAGAGCAGUAUCUCUUUUAGUUGGCAGAUAAGCACAUCAGAGAGCUGAUUUCGAUUUCCGAGUCGCAGUAUGGUGCAUUUGCUUAGAUUUAAAGACAGGAACCAUCUGCGGGAACGCACAUCGACCGACAAAGAUUUUCUUGAGAGUCCGCCUCGUCGGCGGCAUGGUGGAUGACAUCCCAGAUUUUUGCAUAAUUCGCAAACAUGGCACGAUCACAAUCCAAAUCCUCUACACAGUCAUCGGUGAACAAGAGAAAGAGGACCGGUCUGAGCACUGGACCUCGUGAGACUUCACUCUCUACGACAGUCCGUCUUGAUUGAUGUUGCUUUACACAGACAACUUGAGAACGCCCGACGAGAAAAUUUUCCAUCCAUUUUAGAGCUGUGAGUCUAAUACUCAUCACCCCAAAUUUUGCAAGGGACGCCGAUGUGAAACACAAUCAAAGACCUUCCUAAAAUCAAUGUAGGCGACGUGCGUAGUGCGUUUUCCAUCGAGCACAUUUCUCCAGCCUUAUAUCUCGUAAAGCAAGUUCGUUUCAUAUGAUCUUCCUCUAAGGAAGUCUAUUGCGCACUGAAGGAGAGGUUGUGGGUUGCCAAAUAAGCCACCAAUUCCCCUUCGAUGGACUUCUCGAUGACUUUACAGCAGACUAAUGUCGGAGUGACGGAUCUGCGGUUCGUCGUAAGUGUAUGACUAUCGCUUUCAUAAAGCGGUGUAAUAUGGGCUGUUUUCUAGUCCGUGAGAAGAAUCCCAGCAUCCAACUAUGUCUGGCACAGAAAGGGUAGUGGCUUGGUCAGUUCUUGGGCAAAUUGAAAGAGCAACUUGGCUGGGAUCUCGUGCGGACAGGGGGAUUUGCAUUCCUUCGAGUCCUUUAGUUCUUCGAAAGUUGCUUAUUCUCAAAACACAGUAUUUCGAGUAAUCCACUCUCCCAUGCUCUCAUGUCUAAGUGAAAUAAAAACUGCUUCUCUUGUAAAAACUGAGAAGAAUGCCCAACUUUGUUUGUGCUGUCCGAUAUCUCCAAACCGCCAUCAUGCCUCAUGACAGGAAUCGGGUUCCUCCUGUGUGCUCUUUCGCAAGCAGAUGUAGAGAAAAGUUGUAUUUUGACGACUCAGUGGAACAGAUUAUUUUCGAAAUCCCAUCAGCCCUUCAAAAUUAAGCCUUCCACUUUUUUCAUUUGGACUUUGUAUAUUGUAAAGGCUUAGUAUCGUUGUUUCCACAAAACUUCUUCCACUAUCUUACUUUCUUGUUGAUCUCUUUCCUACGAUCCUGUGUUACCCACUGAGGUCGGUUGGAUGUCAUAGGCGUUGAUAAGGGGCAGCGGUUCUUCAUUUAAUGUAACAAGAGGUCGUUCACUAAUUCCAAUCCUCAGCGACGUUCGCGGAGAAAAAAACACCCCAGUCUAUUUGUGAUGCUGCAGCUCUCAUUUGGCAAAAGCGCCCUUGCCAUAUAUCUGGCCUCGUCGCGUCUAUUGCACACGGUCAUGUCUUCAGGAAAGGGUCAUUUUGAAUUUAGUCAGGAAUCUCUUACCGCUAUUGAUAUCAUUGUUAAUAAUGACACAUUACAUGUUUUAGGACUCUUGCAUCUACGAGGUCCUUUCCAAGUCUUAUUUGCCCAUCCACAUCUUUCCCUCUGUGCUUAAUUUCUCCCCUCACAAUCUUUCGUCAGAAAUCUGACUUUUCAUUCCAGGCAUCGUGACCUUCACUGGGUACGGUGUCCCCACCAACCGUUUCCCUGACAAAUAAUUCGGGUUUCUUGAUUCACAUUUGUUUUGCCGCUUCCGUUUAAAUCGCCAUUCAUCCUCAUUAGGAUUCUGUCCCGGUCGAUGGAAUGCUGCGGCCUCUCGACAGUUGUUGGUCAUAUUGCAGGCCUGCUGCAAGUAAGAACUCUCCUGUACAACUGUUUCGUCAUCUCUGGCCCACUUACUACUGCGCGGCAGCUGAAAUCAAAGAGAGUCGCCCGGAUUCAUAGUCGAUAAAAUACGUGAUGAAAUCUUUGGCCGUCUUAUCUCUUGGAUUUCGAUCCCCUAUCUGAAUCUGCCAACGCCGAGUAGCUCACUACUUCGUAGCGUUCCAAUUUUUUUUAACCACAACGCGCAUAAAUUAUACGAUAGCACUACGACGUACCCGCACAUCUCUUUAAUAUACUUGUGCGCGGCAGGUUCAUCCCUUGAAUAACUCGCCUUGGAUAGCUCGGAUUUCCGAAACCCCUCCUGUGAUCUCCAUUCAGUAUAUUUUUCACGAUCUUGUUCUUAAGGAUUUCCAGUUUUUGAUUAACAAACUUUAAUUUCACAAAAGUUACGUACGAAAAGGUAAAAACUAGUGGACACCGACAAUUUCUUUUCUUCAUACACCUUCUCUUGCUGGCCACAUUGCAUUUUAGAGUGCUUAUGUCGAACUUCACACCAGCAUUGUUAUUUACCAUUUAACCAUGUGUGUAUUUUGCAUUGAGAACGCCCCAGGAUGUUUGACAAUAAAACUAUUAAUAGAAGGUCCAGGCUUUGGGAAUUUGAUUUAUUAUGGCUAGUGUGAAAUUACGUAUUGAACAACGCGGAAACGUGGGCUACUUUCAGUGAGACUCGUCGAGACAAUCACAACGUUGGCAAUUGUUUUUAUUUAGUUGUAUUCGCGGUUUCCCAUACUAAAGGUUCCAAAACUGAUGCUCCAUUAAAUAAAAGCUAGAUGUUAUUGAACUUGGUUGUCCCAGAAGCGGGGUCGCCAGAAAGUUCAUUUAGUUGCCUAUUGAAUGGAUAGCACAUUUUCUAGAUUUUGACUGCCUUCAUUUCGUAGGAUGUAUAAUGUCAAAAACAACGGGCACUAGGAUGAGUAUUUCUGGCAUGUUUAAUGUGAGAAUCGACCUAUUGGGCUUCAAGAGGACCAGACGUUCUCGCUUUCUGGUCUGGCUUAUGUUGAUAAUUAUAGGGCUGCCUGUCCAAAAGACUGAAACUACCCAGAAAAGCGGACACCUUAUUUGAAGCUUUGGUCGGGAGUACUAUCGUCAUCGGGUGUCAUCUCUCAUCUUGGUUUGUAAGAUUUUUCCGCCCAGCGGGAAUUUGAACUUGGAAAAUAUAUAUAGCCAGCUGCUUUGGGGCUUGUAGUGAAAACAAUGAUCUAAGCUACAAAAUAAUACAACACACAUAAACUACUUGGCUCUAAGUCGGGGAUGUUGCGUUCAAUCUAAAAAUACUGACGGAGAGAAAAUGAGCAUAACAACAAGGGUGAAUUUUUGAACUAACGCACGAAGUCCUCUCGAGUGCUAGGAUGUUAAAGAAAUUGAGGGUUUUUUAGGUUAGCUUCAAAAAGUUCGGAUUCAAGCGCUUGAAAGUGAUUGAUGGACCAUAGACAUCAAAAGCAGCGAAAUCAGAAUGGUAGAGGCAAGUAGAAACUGAUUGUACUCUAUGUAAGCAUGCUUAUUCAAACAAGAGUACAGAACACUUCAGGCGCAUGUGAAAAUGCAAAGAUAAAAAUUGGAAAUUAGCAUUGACCUGCAGACAGGAUUCUUUAGAUGACGUUACUCUAAUUUUUUUGCAUAUUUACCACACAACAGCUCUUAGCCGCAGUGCAGUCACGCACAGUAAAAUGAUGUUCGAUGCUUUUCUGUACAUUUAUCUGUCAACGUGUGUUAGUUUUUGGCUUGUUACAGUUAUUCUGGAGACUAUCAAGGAGUUUCCAUGAUCCUGUGGAAAGUUCCUACUUGUAACUUUAUUUUUUCCGUGAUGUCACGAGUAGUUAUUUUGUGCCACAUUCUGAACUGCCAGCCACAAAAUUUUCGAAAUUUCUCCUGCUUCUUCGCCAGGAUUAGUUGUUUCACCAGCAGUGCAACCACUUAUCCCCCUGUUACGAAGAUGAACACACGAUCUCUGGGACAGUAGGUGUAUUAUUCUGAGCUUUCGGUCUCGUACAGGAGGCCAUCGUCAGAGACUGUGAGAAUGAACAUCAACCAAUACUUCGGCGCCUUAAUAUGUAGUGUUGCCGCACAGACCCCUGAAUCAUGGAGUCCUACUGUACUAGCUUUUGAGAAUUUGUGGGCUUCAUAGCUGACGUCCGUGAACCUAUGAUAAACUUAAUUUCCCAUACUAUCAAAAACAAAUGCUACCAAGAUAACAUUCCUUAUUCCUACUGAAUCCCGUUCCCUCGUGCGACUGAUAGAGUUACUGUGACGUAGUUAUGUUAGCUCAUUCCCCCUGGCCGUGCGCUUGCAGAUUACAUGCUUCAGCCCUCUUUUUAUUACAUGCGACUUUCUCCUCGUACUUUUUUCGUUGAAGCGAACUAUUAACUUUUAUUAGGCGCCCAUUGAUGUCGAAAUAAUGCAAGUAGUGUAUUCAAAACCGAGUCACUUUUUUCUGGAUGGUACUCCGGUACACUAGUGACUGGAAACCAUAGCACUCACUCCCCUGUCCUGUGGACAGCCUAGGGAGAAAGGUACCGCAGAAAUUUUGUUUUAGUGUAUUGGAUAUCCCGAUGCGGUCCGGCACAUCUCGCGCCGCAGUGCGUGUGUUCACCGGGCCCCCGUCGAAGGGUUGAUGAGGGCUAUCUGGCUCCUCCAUCCGGUUGCGUUAGUAUUGUGUGGAUUUCGCGCUUGCUUCUUGGGGUGAGUGAAACGAUGAUUACCAACCGCCCCAGGCAUAGGCUAAUGCUGAAUGGUCCUAUCUGACAUUUUGCUCAGUGCAGCUAACAACCUUUUGGUAAUUUCAGUUUUGCGUGAUGGCAGAUCCGUCGUGA